CUAUAGCGCGCCCCGCCUAUAGCGCGCCCCGCCGUCCCUGGCUCCCCCUUGGCGUCGCCGACGCCAUGUUCCCCGCGGCUCCUCAGACGGUGACCCCAUCCCUGCCGCCUGUCCUGGAGGGGCCUGAGGAGGAAGAGGAGGAGGAAGAGUCGCCAUUGAGUGGGCCACAAAGAGCCAGGCCCCCAUUAGCCCUGCCCGUCGGUGAAGAUGGCCUUCCGCAAGGCCUACUCCAUCAAGGCCAAGCUGCAGGCCAUCGAGCGCGUGAAGGGCGGCGAGCGCCAGGCCAGCAUGUGCCGCCCCUUCGGGGUGCCCGGAGGGACCCUGAGGGGCUGGCUGAAGGACCAGCCCAAGCUGCGCCGGUUCCUGGACCGGCUCGGGGGCCAGGUGGGCACCCAACGCAAGAAGAUGCGGUUGGCCAACGAGGAGGAGAUCGACCGGGCCGUCUACACCUUCCUGCGCCGGCACGGCGUCCCCCUCUCCGGCCCCGUCGUCCAGGCCCAGGCCGAGGCCUUCGCCCGGCGGACCCACGGGCCCGACUGCACCUUCAAGGCCAGCCACGCCUGGUUCUGGCGCUGGCAGAGGCGGCACGGCCUCUCCAGCCGGCGCCUCUACGGCGAGGCCGACCCGCCGUCGCCCGCCCGCCCGCCGCCCUCACCCGACGGCGGGUACGGCGACGAGCAGAUCUAUAACGCCGACGUCACCGGGCUGUACUGGAGACUCCCGCCCGAACAGUCGGCCCCCCCUCAGGGAAGGGGACCGGCGUCGGCGGGCCGGGUCACGGUGCUUCUGGCCGCCAACCUGACGGGCGGUCACAAGCUGAAGCCCUUGAUGGUCGGCCAGCUGCCCGAUCCCCCCAGCCUCCGGCGCCACGACCGAGACAAGUUUCCGGCCUCGUAUCGCUACAGCCCGGACGCCCGGCUGAGUGCCGCCCUGCUGCGGGCCUGGUUCUUCGAGGAGUUCGUGCCGGAGGUGAAGCGCUACCUGCGCCGCAGCCGCCCGCGGCAGAAGGCGGUGCUCUUGGUGGGCCGCCACCCUCGCCCCCGUCCCACGCCGCGGCCUCCCUCCCCGGAGCGGGGCGACGAGGCAUCCCGCCCGGCCGAGGAGCUGCGGACCCCGGACGGCGCGGUGCGGGUGCUCUUCCUGUCCGAGCCGGCCCCGCUGGAGCAGGGAGUGGUGUCCGCUUUCAAGCAGCUGUACAAGCGGGAACUGUUGCGGCUGGCCGUGUCCCGCGCCGGGGGCUCCCCGCUGGACUUCGUGCUGAAGGACGUGCUCUGCUUGGCCGGCCUCUCCUGGGACCUGGUGCGGGCCGGCAGCAUCCAACGGCGCUGGCUGCUGGGACCGCGAGCCGCCUUCGAGCCUCGGCCGGACGACGGGCGGCCGCCCCGGGCCCCCGGGGAGGACGAGGAGGCCAGGGAGCGCGGCGAGGUGCUCAGCGACCUCACCCGCUUGGCCGCUCUGGCGUACGAGCGCUUGGCUCCCGAGGAUGUGGCGGAGUGGCUGCAUCCGGAUGACGGGGCGGCCGGGUUGGGGGACCCCCUGGAAGGACGGGAGGAGGAGGAGGACGGUCCCGGGAAGCACCCGGGAAUGGCCGCUGCCACGCUCCCAACCCCCGUCGGCCCUCCUGCUGAGCGGGAGGAGGCUGGAAUGGGAAGCAUCCCAGUGCCCACGGCCAGCGAGGCGAUUCGGGGUCUGGAGACGGCCCUGCGGUGGCUGGAGAGCCAGGACCCGAGGGAGGUGGGCCCUCUGAAGCUGGUGCACCUGCGCUCUCUGAUUAGCACGGCCCAGCGGCUCCGGGGCUCGGGGCCCUAG